AUGUCUGAGGAUAAGCAGCCAGUGUUUGUUCACGAAGAGGGACACGAAUGGACACAAGGCGAAAAGAUUUAUGUAUUAGACAGGAACAAAUUCGAUAUCUAUGAGGCUGAAAUCAAGGAAAUCAAGCAGAUUAAGAAUAAAAAUGAGUAUUCCAUCCAUUAUCCAGAGUAUCCAGAUGAUGACUUCGUAGCCAAGACAACAACACGCUUCCUUGUCCAGAACGAGGCUAACAAGAAGAUCUUCGAGGAGCAAGAAGCUGUCCGCCGUAAGAAGGAUGAGGAAGAGGAGGAAGCUGCCGAAGAGGAGAAGAAGGAAGAGGCUAAGCCAGAAGAAAAGAAGGAAGAAGAGAAGAAAGAGGAAGAAAAGAAGGAAUAG